GCAACACCGAAGUAUUAUAUAAUAUCUCCUGGCGACGGCGAAGAGUAGAAAACAAAUGAAAAUUUGUCUCUGCAAAUGAUUACCGCGAUAAUAAACUGCUUCGCAAUGCCAACUCCUCUUACCUCUCGCCAUGUAGCGGUGAUUGGAGCCGGCGCCGCUGGCCUUGUGGCUGCUCGCGAGCUCCGCCGGGAAGGCCAUGAGGUUGUAAUCUUCGAACGAGAAACACAAAUCGGCGGCACCUGGGUCUACGAUCCCCGUGCAGAACCAGACCCGAUGAGCCUCGAUAAGAAUCGAUCCAUAAUCCACUCAAGUCUCUACAGCUCUCUCCGCACCAACCUCCCCAGAGAAGUGAUGGGUUUCAGAGACUACCCGUUUAUAUCCAUAGCCGACAAAACGAGAGAUUCGAGAAGAUUCCCGGGCCACAGAGAGGUGUUAUUCUAUUUGCGAGAUUUUGCGAGAGAGUUUGAGAUUGGAGAAAUGGUGAGGUUUGAGACUGAGGUGGUUCAUGUUGGGUUAGUGGAGGAUAGUAAUAAGUGGAAAUUGAGGUACAGAAAGAAGAGAAGUGAGGUCGAUGCUGAGGCUGAGACUGGUGAUGGUUUUGAUUAUGAUGAUGAGAUUUAUGAUGCUGUUCUAGUUUGCAAUGGGCAUUACACUGAACCUCGGGUUGCUGACAUACCAGGCAUCAGUUCUUGGCCAGGAAAGCAAAUGCAUAGCCACAAUUAUCGCGUUCCUGAGCCCUUCCAAGACCAAGUGGUAGUUUUGAUUGGGGGCUCUGCAAGUGCUGUUGAUAUAUCCAGGGAUAUUGCUAGCGUUGCCAAAGAGGUCCAUGUUGCCUCAAGAUCAGUUGCAAAUGAAAAAUAUGAACAGCAGCCUGGAUAUGACAAUAUUUGGCUUCAUUCUAUGAUAGAAAGCGUUCAUGAAGAUGGUUCUUUAGUCUUCAGAAAUGGAAGAGUUGUCCAAGCUGACAUCAUUCUACAUUGCACUGGGUACAAAUAUCACUUCCCAUUUCUUGAAACCAAUGGCAUUGUGACUGUGGAAGACAAUCGUGUGGGACCAUUGUACAAGCAUGUUUUCCCACCUGUUUUGGCACCUUCGCUUUCGUUUAUUGGGUUAGCAUGGAAGGUUCUGCUCUGUGUGAUGCCUUUUUUUUUUCCUUGGUGGGGGUUGGGUGGAAUUUUCAAGGUUGUCCCUUUCCCAAUGUUUGAAUUUCAAAGCAAGUGGAUUGCUGGCGUUUUAUCAGGUAGAAUUGCCCUUCCAUUGCAAGAGGAGAUGAUGGAAGAUAUUGAAGAUUUCUACCGAUCGCUUGAAGCUUCAAACUUUCCGAAAAGAUACACUCAUUACAUGGGUGAUUCUCAGUUUGAUUAUAACAAUUGGCUUGCUGCCCAAUGCGGGUGUGAAGGGUUUGAAGAAUGGAAAAAGCAAAUGUAUUACGCGACCAGCAAGAACAGGCAGGUGCGGCCAGAUACAUAUCGUGAUGAAUGGGAAGAUGAUCCCCUGAUCUCGGAAGCCAAUCAAGACUUUAUCUUGAAAGGAUUUGCAAACAGUUUGAUCUCUCAAGACAGCGGUUUAAACGGUCAAAGUGAAAGCCAUGAGAAGCUUUCAAGGAUUUAGAUUGUAUAAGUUGGAGCUGCUUCAAUGUCUCUUAUCAUGUCUGAGCUUAAACAUGUGCUCAUCCAAAAACACCAUCAAAAUUAAAAACUAUAUAAUUUCAUGUUAACAGAUCAUCAAUCAAUUAAAUGGCAAUAAUUUCCCCAA